CUCCCCCUCCGACACAUGAAAAGUGGUAGAGUCCAGAGGGCGCGAGGCUCCAAACUGUUUUGGUUAUCAGAGUGAAGAACUGAGGAAAAGAGAGUUUAAUACACUUUAAACUAACUUUAAUUUGAUUAGUUGAUCAUUAUAACGGAGACGAAUACGGAUGAUGGAGAAGAUGAGCGAGGAGAACAUUGAGGAGGUGAAGGUGCUGGAGGCUCAGAUCGAACAUCUCCAGGCUGAAGUUGCAGCCUUGCAGCGCCAACAGCAGGACAACCACAAGGUCAUCACCUUCAACUUCAGAGGACAAAUGCAGCAUGCCGUGUCGUAUAUGUGUGGACAGAGACAAGGAGGAGGGAAAGAGGAGGUGCUGUCAAAGCUGAAGGAGGAGGUGGAGGAGCUGGAGGAGGAUCUGAAGCAGCAGACACAAAUGAAUGGCAUCAGUCUGACCCGCUGCACCACAAAGACUCUGCAAAGCAGUGACAGAAAGCAGGUCCAGCAGUUCUGUGUGUCGGGUCACUGCACUGAACUGGUCUUCCAGGUGGAGUUCCAGCUCUCUGAGGUCAAGCAGGACGGUGAGGCAUCAGAGAGGACGAUCAGUGAUCUGAACGUAGUGAUGGACGCCAGCGACCUGCAGACCUUCAGCGGUUUCCUCUCGGGGGUGGAGGAGAGCAGGGAUCUGUUGCUGUUCUUCAGGACUCUCAGGGCUUUCGCAGACAGAUGUGACGACCGGCGCAGAACCUUCCAACACUUCCAGGAGAAGUAUCCGUCUGUCGUCUCUCUUCCUGCAGGCUGCAGGGCAGAGGUCAUGACCCUGAAUCACCGCGAGCUUCCUGGCUGCGUCUUGUUCGUUCAUUGGUCAGUGGAGGUCUGCAGAGAGGGCGGCGUCACUCCAAAGAUCCAGCUGCUGACAAAGAUCCCUGAGAGAGCGCUGCAGCUGUUUCCCUCUCAGGCCGUCGGCGGCGCUGCUGAGGCCUUCCAGAGCCUGCUGAGGAUUCUGGGACCUGAAGCCGCCCUGGAGUCGGUCAUCAUGGCGGUCAGCCUUCCACAGGACACAUAACGCACAGCGACAUUCUCCUACUGUUACACCUUUCAUAUGUCAACAUGUCAAACUAAUAUACAAAUAAAGUCAACACACAGCGAUGUUUAGUCUCUUAGAAAUCUUUAUUCAAUAGAAAGAGCUCGACUGCGACUGGUUGUAACAGCCGAGCUCAUUGGUCAAAAUCUACAAAAAUAAAUAAUUUAAAUACAAAAUGCUAAACAGCAGUGUCGCCUUUGUAUUUUCAAAUAGUUUUCUUCUCUCAGCUAUUUACACACACGC